GUCCGCUUCAGACUCAGCUGCGCUCCGUAUUCUCAGCACCAGCCGCCUCCCUACCUGCUUACCCCGCUCACUAUGUCCACAUCCACGAGCUGCCCGAUCCCCGGGGGCAGGGACCGGCUGCCCAACUGCUACAGCACCACGCCGGGGGGCAUGCUAUAUGCCACUACCCCGGGAGGCACCAGGAUCAUCUACGACCGAAAGUUCCUGCUGGAGUGCAAGAACUCACCCAUUGCCCGGACGCCCCCCUGCUGGCUCCCUCAGAUUCCCGGGGUCACAACUCCUCCAACAGCCCCACCGUCCAAGCUGGAGGAGCUGAAGGAGCAGGAAACAGAGGAAGAGAUACCUGAUGAUGCACAAUUUGAAAUGGACAUCUAAUCCAGUGCAGAUGACCGUGUUUGUGGAGUUAGAGGAAUUCCGCUGCUGCCAUCACCUCUUCCUGGGGUAUCCAAAGGCCAGCUGGCCUCAUCUAAUCUGGAAGGGAGUGACUUGUUGGUUCUGGGCCUCUUUUAGUUCUGAGGCAGCUAGACCAGGGAUAGGAGUGGGCAACCUGUCAAGCCCUUAACUCUACUUUCUCUUUGGUCUGUAGGCACUCCUCCCAACCCCCAGCCCUCCAUGCUCAGGGGCUGAGGCUGGGAUUGGGGGAUGGAGUAUGUCACUUUCUGACUGCUUAGUAAACAUUCAGAAAAAUGCCUUG